CGCUUUCAAAAUGCUUUUUUUCCCCCACUGCAUCUUUACACAUUUGGGGGAUGGGUAACUACUAAAUCUGAAUAUGAAGAUUAUAUGAAACGUCUCCUUUAAAAAGCCAAAUUGAGUGUAAACAGACUGAGCUUAGCAACAAUUCCAGUUUCACCACAGCAAUAUUCUGACUAUCCCAAGUGUGAAUGUGGACUCUUGAGUGACAAUCUGCAACACACGAGUACGCCGUUUUACCAAGAAUCAGCGUCUAAAGGAAAAAUCGUGUCCAACCACUGAAACAUAUUCCCUGGUUGUAGUCACGCAAAGCAUUCUGGUAGAUGCAGUUCCCAUUUCUUUGUUGUUCCCCGAUGCAGAGACCCGUUGUGACUACAACUGCCAGUGUGUCCAGAAAGGAAACGCUUACUUCCUAGAAGGACCUUAGAAGACAUUUGGAAGGAUUCUCUGACGUUUCCUUAGACAUGCCUUUGAUUGUAGGCGGCCAAAGGCUGGAUGUCACCCUGUCUGCUCUACAGAUCGUUCAGUUGCACCCUCAGCUUCAGGAGCGAGCUAAAGCUUUAACGAGCCAGCCAACUCAGACUUUUGGACCCAAAGGUUUUCUAUAUGUGCAGCAAAGGGAAUUGGCAGUAACUACUCCCAAUGAUAGGUUUGUCUCCGUUCUGGGGUCAGAUGAUGCCACCACUUGUCACAUUUUAGUGCUCAGACACACAGGUAGUGGAGCCACCUGCCUUGCACAUUGUGAUGGAUCAGACACAAAGAACGAGGUUGCAGCUGUUCUGCAUGCAGUCAAAUCCUUAACAAACAACACUGAUGAGGGAAGACUAGAACUGCACCUUGUUGGAGGUUUCAUUGACAGCAAACAAUAUUCACAGACGCUUUCAAGUGAACUAUUCAGUGCGUUUGAUAAUGUGCUAGAUGAGGUUCAUCUCCUUACAUGCUGCGUUUCAGAGCUGAAUGAUAAGGAAGAGGAUGGCAUCCACUACCCAAUAAUUUAUGGUAUUGCUGUAAAUGUGAAAACAGGACAGAUAUUCAAGGCGACUUUGCAAAAUCGAGGACCAGAUGAAGAUCUGAGAUCGGCUUACAUUCUUACAGGAGGAAUGAUGGUGAACACCUAUGAUUCAAAAACUGAGCAACUGAGUUUUGGGCCUUAUUCCUGGACACCUUUCCCAAACAUUGAUUUCUGGUUGGAGCAAGAGGAUGAGCUAAUCCUACAGUACUUUUCCACCUCCCCACAAGCCGAGCCCCCCCAUUUCGUCUCUCACAUUAGAUCAACGCUUGGGUUUUUGAAAGCCAAUCCUCGCCCACUGAAAUCCCUCUUUCCUGACAACAAACCUCAUGUUUACACAAUGGACCGGGAUGGAAUAUGGAAGAGAGUAUUGUCAGUGAAUUGAAGGGUAGAUCUUGGGACAUACACUAGCUGCUUAUUCCUUGUGCCAAGACUUUCCCAGUUCCUAUGCUAUGAUCCCCCCCCCAAUUCGAAGGGAAGGGUCAACAUCUAUUUCCCAUGUCUGUAAAUACCAGCUUUGCCUCCACCAUUUAAAGAGGUGGUUCAUCUUUAAUUUAACUUUUAGUAUGUUAUAAGCAACUUUUCAAUUGGUUUUGAUUUUUUUAUAGUUAUUUCCCUUUUUCUUCUGACUCUUUGCAGGUUUCAAAUGGGCGUCACUGACCCCUUAUAAAAGCAAAUGCUCUGUAAGGCUAUUGUUAUUGCUAUUUUUUAUUACUCAUCUUUCUAUUCAGGCCUCUCCUAUUCAUAUUCCAGUCUCUUAUUCAAAUCAAUGCAUGGUUGCUAGGGGAAUUUGAACCCUUGCAACCACAUUGCAAACUGGAGAGCUGCUGAAUAAAAAGCUAAAUAACACAAAAACUUGAAAUAAUAGAAAAAUGAAAUCAAAUUGCAAAUUGUCACUCUACAUCAUACCAAAUGUUUUCUCAAAGGGGAACCACCCCUUUAACUUCAUGUAAAUAUGGUGCUUCGUGUCUAUGCAAUGCCUUGACAAAGGGAAAUCGGGGAAAAUAUAAUUGUUUUCUAUGCACAUCUGUUUAGUGUCAUUCUUGAAAUCUUUAUAAUCUGUGUUUCUUGGAAAUAUACUGUUAA